AAGUAUUCUAAACAAAUCUUCAAUCACUUCACAUUUUGAAAAUGAAAACAUAUAAUGCCUUUACCACAUAAAAGUCUCAGAAGUACUAUAAAUUAUUCUGAUUUGCUAUUUUGUCGGACAGUUCAGUAAUGUAUUAGGAAAUACGAUAACACGAAUCGCUUUUAAAUGGUUCGAUAACCUUCGUCAGUUCUUAAAGACAUUGAAUUAUUCUAUGCGGAAGUCAAGGUUCAGGUCGUAUUGUCAGUCGUAUGAAAAUUCUUAAAACAAACCUCGACAGCCAAUAAGUUGAACCCUAAUUUGAAAUUGUAAAUUAGACACCUGUUAUCAGAACGAAGCUAUUUAACCAAGACAAUCAAACCUGCAAGACAAUUCACAAGAACUCCAGCGACAUACAGCAGGACAAGAAGUAAGGAUGUAUGGUACUGCUUGGUAAAGCUGCACACUGAAGAAUUGCUCAAGGUGAUCGAGAAAUGAAACACCUGCAAUAAUGAAUAAGAACUUGGUCGCCUUUCUUUUAUCGUUGUGGCAAGGACUUCUAGCAGAGGAAUACUCCAUUGAACGCAGAAUCACGGAAUCAUGGAAUGUUCUACCAGACCUGUUCGUAUUACCUCCAUCGACGUGUUCUGCCGACAAUGCAACAGUACAGUGUACUACUAUGGGUGGCAAACUUGUCGGCAGUAAUAAUGGAUGCACAUGUGAAUGUAACAAAGAAAAAAGUUCUUUUGCACUUUACAACAGUUGGAAGUGUAUAGACAAUACUGAAUUUCAUGAUCUUAGUGGUUGUUCAUUGAUAUUAAAUAAUAGAAAUGCUAGAAGUCCAAUUAUAACCAUAACCAAAAAGGAGUAUGCAAACUCAUACUUGCUACCAACAUUAAAGUCGUCUUCAAACUGUGGUGUAACCAACAAARGUAGCAAUCUUACAUGCAGUGGAACCUGGAGACAACUCAGUAGUGGACUGGCUAUGGAAACAUUCGAUACAUAUGUGCCGCAAGGCUACAACAACUGGUAUCUUUACACCAAAAGAAGUCUCGAUGAUAUGGAAGGUCAGGUUAUACGACUUAACAUUGAUUGUCAAUCCCAUCGGCAAUAUUGUGUGAUAUUGAAAAUAAAUGGAACACUUCGAUGUCCAUUACCACCUAGGCCAUCACAGUCAUCUACAGAACUACCAUCAACAAUACAAAUACAACCACAGCUACCAUCAUUACCUAUAACAAUAACAAGAAUUACCACUGUAAAACCCAAAACAACUCAUAAGAGGACGUCACAAGGAUCAGUUCAAACAAUGACAAUUCCAACAACCCGGUCAUCAAUUUUAACUGAGCCUGUUUCAUCGAUACCUGAUCAUACGGUUGGACAUAUAAGUACUACCAGGACAAAGUACAGUAGAUCAUUUACUGCAACAACAUCUAUCUCUGUGAAAACUGACCGCAAGAAAAGUGCUAGUAAAGAAAAGGAUAAGAGCGGCCUAAUCAUCGGGGCACUUGCUGGUAUUAUCCCACUAGCAAUCAUAGUAAUUGCCAUUAUGGUGCUGAUAAAGAUACGUAAAAAGAGGAAAUCUGAUGAGCAAAGAACAGACACUGUUGAUGGAAGCCAUGAGAUGUGUACAUAUGAAAACGCAAUACCAAUUGGAAGUUCUAAAGAUCGACUUCAAAGCUCUCUCGAUCCCAUUCCAGAUGCUGAUUACGUCAAUCACAGGAACCCUGGCUUUAAUGUCUCUGACGAACUGGUUGACGAAAACUCCAAGGCUAUCAAACAAAAACAAGGCAUGACCGAAACUCUCGACUCGCCAAUGUACUCUUCCCUUAUAGGGAAUAUUCCUCAUGUUUAUGCUUCCCUCAAGGGGCUUCACAAGACACACGAAGACAAGACGGAUAGUGAGGUCACGUGCACAUCACAAAAUAAGGAAAACAGUCUUUAUCAGAGCCUCAAUACUUUUGGUCAGCACAGUCAUGGCGAAUAUCAGGCGCCAAAGUACAAAAAACAGAAACCUGACAAUAAAAACUAAAAUAUGGCAAUGUAA